UCAAAGGCACCCGCGCAGGACAAUGAAACUCUUCAGUGAGAUUUUGGUUUAUCGCCGGUUAAUCCUCAUAGUUUUCACUAUGUUGAUUUUCCUGCCCCUACCUAUCAUCCUCCAAACAAAGGAAGCAAAAUGUGCCUACGUACUCUUUAUUGUUGCCAUAUUUUGGCUUACAGAACUUUUGCCUCUGUCUGUAACAGCUUUGCUGCCUGGUCUAAUGCUCCCAUUGCUUGGGAUCAUGACAUCUUCAAAGGUAGCAUCUUCUUAUUUCCAAGAUUUUCACCUACUGCUAAUUGGAGUCAUCUGUUUAGCAACAUCAAUAGAAAAAUGGAAUUUGCACAAAAGGAUUGCUCUGAAAAUGGUGAUGAUGGUGGGUGUGAAGCCAGAAUGGCUGACAUUGGGCUUCAUGUGCAGUACUGCCUUCCUAUCUAUGUGGCUUAGCAACACCUCAACUGCUGCCAUGGUGAUGCCCAUUGUGGAAGCUGUUUUGCGGCAGAUCAUUGAUGCUGAAGCAAUGGUGGAGGACACUCAGAUGACUUAUGUCAAUGGAUCAACCAAUCAUGGACUGGAAAUGGAUGAAUGUGUUGAUAGACAUGAAACAAAUGAGAAGAAAGAGGAAACAAAACCAGUUCCAGGACACAGUAAUGAUGCAGAGAAAAUUUCAAGCAAGAUAGAGUUGGAAAAGAAUUCAGUUACAAGCACCAAAUAUCGAACAAAGGAGAACCACAUGAUGUGUAAACUUAUGUGUUUGUGCAUUACUUACUCUUCUGCCAUUGGUGGACUGACAACAAUCACUGGUACCUCAACCAACUUGAUCUUCGCCCAGUAUUUCAAUUCGCGCUACUCCAAGUGUCAGUGCCUCAACUUUGGAUCAUGGUUUAUGUUUUCCUUCCCAGCUUCUAUCACUAUUCUACUCUUGUCCUGGAUCUGGCUCCAGUGGUUUUUCCUAGGAUUCAAUUUUAAGGAGAUGUUUAACUGUGGCAAGAGCAAGACAGUCAAACAAAAGGCUUGUGCUGAUGUGAUUAAACAAGAAUACCUAAAACUGGGGCCAAUAAGGUGUCAGGAAAUUAUCACCUUGACCCUCUUCAUUAUAAUGGCCCUGCUAUGGUUUACCCGGGAUCCUGGGUUUGUUCCUGGUUGGUCUUCACUUUUUUACCAGUAUUCGAAUUUUGCUACAGAUUCAACUGUUGCCUUACUUAUAGGACUCCUAUUCUUUCUUAUCCCAGCUAAGAAAUUGACUAAAACUACACCUACAGGAGACAUCGUUGCAUCUGAUUACUCUCCACUGAUUACUUGGAAAGAAUUCCAGUCAUUCAUGCCCUGGGAUAUAGCCAUUCUUGUUGGUGGAGGGUUUGCCUUGGCAGAUGGCUGUAAGCUCUCCGGACUGUCUGACUGGAUAGGAAAUAAAUUAUCUCCUAUAGGAUCAUUACCAGUAUGGCUAGUAAUUCUGAUUUCCUCUUUGCUUGUCACCUCUUUAACAGAGGUAGCCAGCAACGCAGCUACCAUCACUAUUCUCCUCCCAAUAUUAGCUACAAUGGCUGAAGCCAUUCACGUGAACCCUCUUCAUAUUUUGCUACCUUCUACUCUGUGUACUUCAUUUGCAGUCCUCCUACCAGUAGCAAAUCCACCCAAUGCUAUUGUUUUUUCAUAUGGCCAUCUAAAAGUUAUGGACAUGGUUAAAGCUGGACUUGGUGUUAAAAUUGUGGGUGUUGCUGUGGUGAUGCUUGGCAUGUUCACCUGGAUUGUGCCCAUAUUUGACCUCUACACUUACCCUUCCUGGGCUCCUAUAAACAGUACGACCAACCCAUGAUAUCAGUGCUCUGGCCAUCCUGUGGUACUUUUGGGGAAUCAUUAAGAAUUCACUGCAGAAUUUAUCUCUGAAAACUGAUGACACAUUUAAAUCAGUCCUGGUGUAGCUGCUGUAGUUCCAGUGAAGUCCCAAAACCUAUUGUCAGAACUCAGAGUCCA